UCGUGCCGCGCGUUACAAGAGUCGCAGUCGCAGUCACCGUCGCCGUCGCCGUCGCAGUUUGUGCCCCCGUCAGUUCCUCCGGCGCUCAGUCUCAACCCAGCGCUCGUGGCAAGAAGAACAGAACGCCUUGGCUACUGGCUACUGGCAACGCGGUCGCGAAUCUUCGCAGUUUUUCCAUCUCAGGCUUAAUCGGCUGGCAGCCAAUCGCCCAGAGAUCCGACAGAUACGGAUACGCAAUCCGCGCAGCGCGAGUGCAGAGAUACGAAUUGGAUAGCAAUAAGAUACAGUGCAAGUGGCACUCAAGAUGCGGCAAUUGUGCACCUGCAGCCGCCAGCAGCGUGCGGCAAAGUGUGUGAAAUGUGUUACCUGAGAAAAUGCCCAUGCAGUGCUCAAACAUAUCGAAACAAACCAGCAGAUAGAGUAUCUUUUGCUGCCCCAGUGAACUGUGCUUGAAAUCGAAGUAGAGAAAUCGUUGUUUUUUUGCUACAAACUAAACUGCAAACGGAAUACAAUCAAUAUACACCUUAAGUCAACGCAAAGGCUAAUUCAAAACUCUUGGAAUAUUUAGAUCUCACUGCCACUCUCUAGAAUCACCGCUAUGAAGCACACGUCGCCAAGUGAAGCGACCUCCAGCCACAUCAGCAUGUUCUCCCGCCAGUGCCUUUCCCACCCAACCCGCUCACCACCCACAACCACAACCACAACCAGAACCACACCCACAUCCACAGCCGCUGACCCCCGCCCACCAAACCGCGCCACCCGCUGGACACUCGGCCUUUGGACACUGGUGAUCGCCAGCGGCUGCCUAAUGCUCAACGCGCCGACGACGAUGGCAUUCGAUAUCGCCACGUGCAAUGUGCCCCUGGGCAUGGAGUCGUUACUCAUAACAGAUGCUCAAAUCACAGCGAGUUCAGCCCAUGACAUUGCCUUCGUUGGACCUCAGCAAGCAAGACUGAAAACCGAUACCAACGGCGGAGCCUGGUGCCCCAAGCACAUGGUGUCGAAUGCCCUGAAGGAGUACCUGCAGGUCGAUCUGCUGCAGACGCACGUGAUCACGGCGAUCCGCACACAGGGUCGCUUUGGCAAGGGUCAGGGCCAGGAGUACACCGAGGCCUAUGUCCUGGAGUACUGGCGACCGGGCUUCGACAAGUGGCAGCGCUGGAAGAACAUCCAGGGCAAGGAGAUUCUGCCCGGCAAUAUCAACACAUACAGCGAGGUGGAGAACGCCCUGCAGCCGAUCAUCUUCGCCUCCAAGAUCCGCAUCUAUCCGUAUGGCCAGUACGAUCGAACCGUCUGUCUGCGCGCCGAGAUCGUCGGUUGUCCGUGGGAAGAGGGCAUCGUGUCGUACAGCAUUCCGAAGGGCGUGCAACGCGGCAUGGAGGUGGAUCUGUCGGAUAAAACCUACGAUGGCAACGAGCAGGGCGAUCGCUAUGUGGACGGACUUGGUCAGCUGGUGGAUGGGCAGAAGGGCAAGGACAACUUCCGCACCGACAUCCAUGGAUUCGGAAAGGGUUAUGAAUGGAUUGGCUGGCGUAACGAUACGCCCGGACUGCUGGGAAAACCGGUUGAAAUAGUCUUUGAGUUCGAUACGGUUCGCAAUUUCAGUGCCAUCGUGCUGCACACAAACAAUAUGUUCACCAAGGAUGUUCAGGUAUUUGUGCAUGCCAAGGUAUUCUUCAGCAUCGGAGGUCGCUACUUCUCCGGUGAGCCCGUGCAGUUCUCCUAUAUGCCCGAUACCAUAAUGGAUCAUGCCAGGGAUGUGACCAUCAAGCUGCACCACCGGGUUGGCAAAUAUUUGAAAAUCAAUUUGUACUUUGCCGUCAAAUGGAUUAUGCUCUCCGAGAUCAGCUUUAUAUCCGUGCCCGCCAUGGGAAAUUUCACCGACGAGCAGGAGCAGCGCAGCAACUCGCCCAGCCAGGCGCAGGAUGUCCACGAUGACACCAAGGGCGGCGAGUACCAGGCCAACCGGAACAAGCCCAACGGAGUGGGCGGCCCGGCCGGUGGCCAGGGCGAGGGCGUGGCCGCGUCGGGCGGCGAUUCCGGCGGCAACAACAAGUACAACAAUGGGCCGCAAUUAAUUGCGCCACGCCCCAUCGAUCAGGAGCCGAACGAUGCGAACUUCAUUGGUGUGGUCAUCGUGGUCCUCACCACCAUCAUCAUCCUCCUGGUGGCCAUCAUCCUCUUCAUUGUCUCGCGAACGAAGCGGGCCCGCGGCAGCAACGUCCUGGACGCCUUCCAGUACAGCUUCAAUCCCAACACCCUCGGCGGCAACGUGGACAAGCACCGUCCCAACGGCAACAGCAUCAAGGCCAAUGUGGACGACAACGACUCGAUUGGAAAGAACAGCCUCUACCACGAGCCCUUCAAUGUGAACAUGUACACGAGUGGUGUGAACGGCUAUGCGGCGGUUAAUGAUUUGCAGUGUAAUAUGACGCCCGACUAUACAGAUGUGCCGGAAGGUGGUUACGCCGUGCCCCACAUGCAGGAUUACAUGCCCUCGUCGAAAAUGGGUGGUGGCGCGCCCGGCGGUGGUGGCUAUGUGAAUGUGCGGCGCACCCCGCCUCCGCCACUGAGCAGCAUAUUCCCGCGACCACCCACCGUUCCGCCGCCGCCCAUGGAGAAGUACUACGCCACCACGGCCAUCUUCAAGCCGCUGAAGGGACCGGGCUCGGAGCGGAGCGGCUGCAGCAGCAACACCAACACGGUGAGCAGCGGCGGCGGCAAGAGCAGCCACAGCCACAGCAGCCACUGCAGCACCGGUGGGCCGGACCACAGCGGCAUCUACGACGACGGCAUCGGCACCAUGAACUCCAAGGCCACCGCACCCAUGAUCAAUCCGUACAGCAGCGGGAACAGCUCCUCGGCCGCCGCGGCCGCUGCAGCGGAGUUCCAGCGCGCCAGGACCUACAACUUUCGCAGCUAUCCCGACAACCUCUAG